UUCCAGUGUACACCAACAGUGUACCCGGCGGAUCCCUUCGAUCCCGUCGCCGACGCGGCCACGCUGAAGAAAGCCAUGAAGGGCUUCGGCACCGACGAGAAGGCCAUCGUCGACGUCCUGGCUAGGCGCGGCAUCGUCCAGCGUCUGGAGAUCGCCGAGACGUUCAAGACCUCCUACGGCAAGGACCUCGUCUCGGAGCUGAAGAGCGAGCUGGGCGGCAAGUUCGAGGACGUGAUCGUCGCCCUCAUGACGCCGCUGCCGCAGUUCUACGCCAAGGAGCUGCACGACGCCGUCGCCGGGCUGGGCACCGACGAGGAGGGCAUCAUCGAGAUCCUGUGCACGCUGUCCAACUACGGCAUCCGCACCAUCGCCCAGUUUUAUGAACAAAUGUAUGGUAAAAAUUUAGAAAAAGACUUAAAAGGAGACACAUCUGGCCACUUUAAGAGACUGUGCGUUUCUCUAGUUCAAGCUAACAGAGACGAAAACCAAGGCGUGAACGAGCAACAGGCUCUCGCCGACGCCGAGGCGCUCAUCGAAGCCGGCGAAACGAAAUGGGGCACCGAAGAGUCCAUGUUCAAUCAGAUCCUCAUCACCAGGAGCUACCAACAAUUGCGGGCCACCUUUAGCGAGUACGAGCGAUUGACCGGCAAGGACAUCGAACAGGCCGUCAAGAAGGAGUUCUCCGGCGACAUCGAAAAGGGACUUUUAGGAAUCAUCAAAUGCGUGAAGAGCAAAGUGGGCUAUCUGGCGGAGCGCCUUCACGAUUCGAUGUCCGGCUUGGGAACCAACGACAAGACUUUAAUCCGCAUCGUCGUGUCGAGAUCUGAAAUCGAUUUGGCCGAUAUCAAGCAGGCUUUCUUGGAUAAAUACGGGAAAACGUUGGAGAGCUGGAUCCAGGAUGACGUUCCAAGCGAAAUAAAGUACGUUUUGAUACAGCUUGUGUGUUACGGUUAA